AUGUUGCCGAUCGUCGAUAAGCCGGCGAUUCAAUACGUGAUCGAAGAAGCCAUCGGUGCAGGAAUCGAAGAUGUCCUGGUGAUCACAGCUCCAUCCAAGAAGCCGCUCGAGGAUCACUUCGACACGAACUAUGAGUUGGAGGGUUUGCUCGAGGCACGAGGCAAGGAUGAGAUGCUCGAGUUGGUCCAAGGCAUCUCACGCAUGGCGAAGCUGCAUUUCACUCGCCAAGGACGGCCACUUGGACUCGGCCAUGCCAUUGGCAUGGCUCGCAGUUUUGUCGGCGACGAGUCGUUCGCUGUCCUACUUCCCGACGACAUUCUCGUCGAUGACGGGGCCCUGCUGCGACGCAUGAUCGAGGUCCAGACCGAGACCGCGUCAGCGGUUAUUGCCGCGGGCCACUACCCGCUCGAAGAAGUCAUCUCCUAUGGCGUGAUCGACCCAAUCAGCGUCGAUGGUGACCGGAUCGAGGUCAAGCGCAUCGUUGAAAAACCACCAAUCGAGGAAGCGACAUCCAACUAUGGCAUCGCUCCUGGCCGCUACGUCUUCCCAUCCUCGAUCUUCGAUGAAAUCGACGCAACUCCGCCCGGCGUCGGCGGCGAGAUUCAGAUCACCGACGCCAUCGAUGCGCUGAUCCAGAAAACCGGGGUCACCGCGUGCAUCAAUCCCGGUAAGCGUUACGACGCAGGUCAGAAGCUCGACUAUCUGCGCGCCAAUAUCGAGCUUGCAUUGGUGCACCCCGAGCUGGGCGACGAUGCUCGCGCCUUGCUUGCUUCGAUCGUCAAGGCUGAAGGAAUCGCAUGA